AUGCACCUCCGGCGUGGUUGGUUUGCGUUUGGAUGUCCACAGGAUAGGAAGAGUAAAGGGAACACCAAACUGGAUGGGGACGACGCGGAGAUGCAAAGCUCAGCAACGGGCCGGGACGGAGAGACGAUCCCUCAUGAGAAAUGGGGAACUCUGCAGCCGGCAGCUUGCUUGUCGGGAUUGAUUCCCUCAGUUCUUCCCGCAAGGGCGCCGAAAGGGUCAAGAUUGGUGGGUGUUAAAAUGGGCAAAAAUUGGGACACGCCCACAGGGAUUACAAAAGAACAACAAGAAGCAGGAAGAAAGCAGACCGGCGGGGGGGAGGGACUACCGAACUGCAUGAACGACGAGGCGAAAAGGAGAAGAGGGAAGAAAGAAUGUAGGAGGGAAGAGGGAAAAAGAGGAAGAGAGAAAAGGUUAGCGGCGGUGGAAGCCAAACAAGCAGUAGAGCCACUUAGGGCGUUGGGAGACUCGUGGGGUGAGCACAGGAUAAGAUCAGUACUUGCACCAGCAGCCAGUCAGAUCUCUCCAGUCGGCGGAGGUGGCAGAAAAGUACGACCACAGGAAAGUUAUGGAAUCAGUCAGUCAGUCCGUAAUGUGAUGAUGUAUGCUGAACCGGGACUACCCAAGCAUGGAAGCAAAGCACAAAUCCAUACAGAUGGGGAGGGUAAUGGGAGGGAAGAAAGGGAAGAGGGAAGAGGGAGAAAGAAGAAGGAUGACCAGCAGCUAAACUGGCAGGUCUUUCGUAACCCGGAAGGGAACGCGAGUCAAAAGUCAGAAAGGAAAAAGGACAGGCAAAUGGAAAUGCAACAGCAGCCAAGUAGAGUGGAAGAAGAGAAAGAGAGCGAUCGCUCUAUCGGCCCUUCAUCCUAUCUGCGCAUCCCCAUCCCGGCCAUUUCUACUCAUGCUUGGCUCCAACCGGCCUUGAUACCUGGCCCGGACGGUAGUACCCAGCACCUUGCUCCCCUUGCUCGUCCAGGCGGCGGCGUGUUUGACCCGUUGGGUGAUCUACGUCGGGACGCUGAAUUUUAG